AUGGACUACUACAAUAUAAAGAAGUUUGUAUGUGAAACAUCCGGAAACUCCAAUUUCACAUUCUUCGAGGCCCUUAAAGUUGAACAAAAUGAGAUGAGCAUGAUGGAGGCAAGAUUUCCAGAGCCAGUCAAAGAGCCGAUUCUUCGAUACGUCUCAUUCUCCACAACACCAAGAAUUGAUGCUUUAGUUGAUGAAGUUUACGCAAAAUUCAAGGACGAUUUUUUCCCGGGAGACCAAGUAGUUGUGAAAACAGAUGCUGGCGAUAAAGUACACGGAAUUGUUCGUGAAAAAGCAAGAUUUAAUGCGAUCACCUUGCCUGAUGGAACCGUGAAAGAGGGUUAUUGUUCAUACCGAGUUCUUCUUCAAAAUAAUGAGGAAAUUACCGUGAACUCCAUUUCACAAAUCGCUAGAGAAAGGAACUCUUUCACCAAAUGGUAUGUUAAAGCAUUCUUAAAAAUGAGCCUCACCAGAUCUACCAAACUCGGUUCUCCCUGGGUCUUGAAAGACUCUGUCGCAAAAAAAUACAGAAUUUCACUGGAGUACCCUGAUCAUCUGAAACAGUAUGAACAUCCAAAGGACUCAUUAAGAAAAGCUACACUCACCAAUAAGGCCAAAGUCAAUGAACAUAUUUUUGACAACCUCAAAGAAACUCCGCCCACCGCUAACGAACAAGAGAACGGGUUCACGUUGCAGCUAUGGAAACAAAAAUGGUACGACGCUCUGAAACACUGCACAGUCUAUUUUCAGGACACCCCAGAAAGUGAUGCCGAUCCAGAGAUCAAACAGAAGAUUCUCACCCUUUUCCAGUAUUCUAGCGUCAAAGUAGUGCCGAAAUUUGACCCAAAGACCGUCAAUUUUUUGGUUACUUCCAUCCCUUACUCUCCCAAAGCCGCAUACAUGCCUGACAAUAUAUUCUAUCAUGUUCUCGACAACAAAAUUAAGGUUUGGCAUUACGAAAAGUGCUUCCGCUUUUUCAAGAGCUUGAACAUCACAUAUAGAAAAAUCAUGACUGCUCAAACUCAAAUGGAUGAAAAUUCAGCAUCUCCUGACGUGGCGUCUCCUAAUCCUCAUAAUGGCUACGUUGAUAUAUUGCCUGCACCUGGAUCGAGACCACAAGCCACAACUCCCCUGGAUUCAAGAAGUUCAACUCCUAUCAAUGCGUUUUCUGGUAGCAAGUUCAGGCCACCAGGGCUUAUUGAUGACUUGAAGCUACCCUUUCGUGGAGUUUCAAAAUCACGUCCCAAAAUCAUCAAACUUCCAGGGGUGCAAGAUAGUUCUGAUAUUCUGGAAUCGUGGAUAUUUUUGAACAUGUAUGCGAGAGCAUUAGUCAUUGACAAUUUCACUUUCGAUGAUUAUUUCGCUGCAUUACGAUGGGAAGAUGAAGUGACUGUUUGUCCUUUACUUAUGGAGAUCUACUGUGGUAUGUUCAAGGCUUUCAUGGAUGGGAGACGUCGUAUUUUAGUUACACUACCAAAAGAAAACGUUCUUGACAACGGAGAUGAUGACGACAAACUGAACGAUGAUGAUCAGCCUGAUGAUGAUGGUUCCGAAAUUAAAACAGAGUCGCCUAAAGCUCUCGCGGAGGAUGAAGAUGAAAAGACCGAACUCACUCAUGAAGAAGAAGCUGAGGAGGAAAUCAUUAAUCACAACGCUUAUUCUUUCCUCAGGUACAAAAAUCGCCCAUGGGAAGAUAGAUUGGCAACACGCCAAUUCAAAGAGGGGAAUUGGCUUAUGGUGCUGAUUGGAAUCAUGGCGACAGUCGAGUUCUUGCCAGAGUAUAAGGCGGACAUCAAUCGUAUAUUCGAAAUACUUGCACCAGCCGAGGAAGCAUCUACCGCAGAAACAUUACAACAUAAUUAUUUCAAGAAGCUUUCUGCAGAAGAUCGUGCGAAGACCAUUGCUAUAAUAAUGUCGCUGCUUUUAAAUGGUACUGUGAUUAGAUCCCAUAUCGAUAAAUGUUUGGACGAUGCAACCGCACUUAGGCGUGACCGACUUGAGCUGAUAAAAGAGUUCAAGGUGAUCAUGGAUCAAGCAAUUGUGAUUCAGAAGAAUAUAAUCGAGACUUUAAAGCCUAUCACCACUGCUCAAAUCAAGAAUUGGAACUAUGACCCUGAAAAAACGCAGGAGCUUAUUGAGCAAAAGAAAAAGGUUAGUAGGCUAGGAUUCAGUUACCUUCCACCCGAGCCAACUACUUUGGAGAAGGCCGUGUGCGCAGGAAAUCCGGAAUUCUUGAAGCUCAUCAAACAAAGGGUCGAGAAGGUGAAAGAAAUUGAUGAGAUGAAACAGAAGCGCAGAAACCUCGAAAAGAGCUUAAACGAAAUCGAUUGUCAAAGGAUUUGCUACAUCGGCAGGGACAGAUUUUACAACAGAUACUGGUGGUUUGAAAAGAAUGGUCUCCCUAACUUGAGCUCAGCCUCUCACCAUGACGACGAAGAAGAUGAUGGAGCUGACAUGAGUGACGCUGGCUCUGAGUAUGAAGAGGAAUCCUAUUUAAUGGGUCGUUUGUGGAUUCAAGGUCCUGGUGAUGAAGACCGUAAAGUUUUCCUUAAGUUUGACGACGAUCAGCUAAACAAAUGGAACGAAAUCGUACAUGUGCCUUUGGAAAAUGCCAACAAUUACAAGGAAGUCGGAAUGCAUCCAACAGAUCAGCCGAGUGAUGUAGCAAAUGUGGCUGAUUCCAAUGUUAAGGAAGAUGAACAAGAGAAAGAAUCUAUGAGGGAUCCUCAUUUUGUUGAGGCUGCGCAAGCUCUCUUUGGUCUCAAAUUUGACAAAGGAGAAGUGAGAGAUGAAAAGGGAUUUGUGCUUGUGGACAAAUAUGGCUCUACCAUAGAAAGACAAUUUAGUCCUAUUGAGCGAAAAAUUUUGGAAGAAGGCAGCGACAUUUUGGUUUCUUCAUCUGACUGGGGAUAUCUUGAGCGUCCAGAACAAAUUGAGGAACUAUUGAGAUGGCUAAACAUCGAGGGAGAACGUGAAAAGCAUCUCCGCAAAAAAAUCGUGGAUCUUCAGGAUCAAAUUACGAACAGUUUAAGUUCCAGGGUUAAAACUGUUGGAAUUGGCUGCAAGUCGGAGGACGAGGUGAGAUUUGAAAAGGUCAUUGCUGAGACAGAAAUAAGUGAUGAUGAUGAAGGCGCUGACGAAGAAGAUGGCUCUCAGGGUGAGACAGAUGGCAAUAAAGCAUCCACGCGUUCCGAGGCUAAGAAACGGAAGCGUGAAGAUGACGAAGUUCGCAUGCCAAAACGAACCAGAAGAGGAGGGCAACGCGAUUUGGAGAAACAGAUGAUGAAAGAACGUCAAGCAAAACUGGACAGAUUGGAACAUGCCAAAAAAAUGCUGCAUUCUUUGAGGACAGAUAGAAACAGGCAAAACUUACUGUCGUGGGUGAAUUCUCGCGCAGUGGAAACUUACGGUUAUUCUCAUUAUGAUGGUCCCAAAGUUGCUGCAAAGUCCAUAGGAAGAAGUCGUAAGAAAACUAGGAGAUAG